GUCAAAUCAAAUUGUCAUCAAAAUUUUGGCAAUUUUGAGCCGCAGUGUUGUGACGUGUAAUUUUGCAAUAAUUUUUCAAAAAAUAAAAUAAUUAUUGCUGUGUCGAAAUGGCCUCUUUCAAAAGAGACAAGAAAGAGGAAGAAGAUGGAGGCGGCAACCCGUUCCUAAACAUUGAGAAAACCACCGUUCUACAAGAAGCUCGAGUAUUCAACGAAACUAGUGUCAACCCAAGAAAAUGUACUCCCAUACUAACAAAACUUCUGUACCUUUUGAACCAGGGGGAGACUUUGAGUGUAAAAGAAGCCACAGACGUAUUUUUCGCAAUGACCAAACUUUUCCAAUCCAAAGAUGUAAUUCUCAGGCGCUUGGUCUACUUGGGUAUCAAAGAAUUAAGCUCCUUAGCAGAUGAUGUGAUCAUUGUAACAUCCAGCCUGACCAAAGACAUGACUGGUAAAGAAGACAUGUACAGAGCUGCUGCUAUCAGGGCCCUGUGCAGCAUCACAGAUGCUACAAUGCUUCAGGCAAUAGAGAGAUAUAUGAAACAGGCUAUAGUUGAUAGAAAUCCUGCUGUGAGUUCAGCUGCUCUUGUCAGUUCCUUGCAUAUGGCCAAGUUUGCCCCAGAAGUUGUCAAGAGAUGGGUGAAUGAAGCUCAAGAAGCAGUCAAUAGUGAUAACAUCAUGGUACAAUACCAUGCACUAGGUCUCCUGUAUCAUAUCAGAAAAACAGAUAGGUUAGCAGUCACAAAACUCAUUGCAAAAUUGACAAGGAUGUCCCUAAAAUCACCUUAUGCUGUUUGUAUGUUGAUUCGCAUAACGGCCAAACUCCUCGAAGAAGAAGACGGCGGCAACGACUCCCCCUACUUCGAGUUCAUCGAGUCCUGCCUGCGUCACAAAUCCGAAAUGGUGGUCUACGAGGCUGCGCACGCCAUCGUGAAUCUCUCGCGCACCACCAGCAGAGAGUUGGCGCCCGCCAUCAGCGUCCUUCAGCUGUUUUGUGGGUCGCCCAAGCCUACUUUGCGAUUUGCCGCUGUUAGGACGCUCAAUCAGGUGGCCAUCUCGCAUCCUGCUGCUGUUACAGCUUGCAAUUUGGAUUUGGAGAAUUUGAUUACGGACUCGAAUAGGUCUAUCGCUACGUUGGCUAUUACUACUCUUUUGAAAACUGGUGCCGAAUCCUCGGUGGACCGCCUCAUGAAGCAAAUAGCGACAUUCGUGUCGGAAAUCAGCGACGAAUUCAAGGUGGUCGUCGUCCAAGCCAUCAGAGCGCUGGCUAUGAAGUUCCCGCGCAAGCACACCGUCCUUAUCAACUUCCUGUCGGCCAUGUUGCGGGACGAGGGCGGGCUCGAAUACAAGGCCUCCAUUGCGGACACCAUCAUCACCAUCAUAGAGGACAAUCCGGACGCAAAGGAAUCAGGUUUGGCGCACUUGUGCGAAUUCAUCGAGGACUGCGAGCAUGUUUCUUUGGCCGUCAGGAUUUUGCAUUUGUUGGGGAAGGAGGGACCGAAAACCAAACAACCUUCGAGGUACAUCCGUUUCAUCUACAACCGCGUCAUCCUGGAGUGCCCUUCGAUAAGGGCGGCCGCCGUUUCGGCGAUGGCCCAGUUCGGGGCCUCCUGCCCCGACCUCCUGGAGAACAUCCAGGUGCUGUUGGCCCGUUGCCAGAUGGACAUGGACGACGAGGUGCGCGAUCGGGCCACCUAUUACAGCAACAUAUUAGCCAGGCGGGACAGGAGUCUCUAUAACAACUACAUUCUGGAUACUUUGCAGGUUUCGAUUCCUUCCUUAGAACGUUCCCUCAAAGAGUACGCACAGAACCCCUCAGACCAACCAUUCGACAUGAAAUCGGUGCCACUGGCAGCGGUACCGAACCCAGAGGAGCGCGAAACGAAACACAAAUCCGAAGGCAUGCUGAUAGGCCAAGGCCCCCCGCGCCCCGUGCCCGUGUCCCGCGAAGAGAACUUCGCCGAGAAGCUCGCCUGCGUGCCGGGCGUCCAACAGCUGGGCCCGCUUUUCCGCAGCUCGGAGGUCAUCGAGCUCACCGAGUCGGAGACGGAGUACUUCGUGCGGUGCGUGAAGCACUGUUUCGCGCACCACUGCGUGUUGCAGUUCGACUGUUUGAACACGCUCAGCGACCAGCUGCUGGAGAACGUGCGAGUGGAAUUGGAGCCCAGCGAAGGGUUCGAGAUAAUAGCAGUGGUGCCUUGUUCAAAAUUACCCUAUAACGAGACAGGAUCAACUUAUGUUGUUUUGAAAUUCCCUGAAGAUGAUCUGCCUGCUUGUGUUGGUACAUUUGGAGCCGUCCUGAAAUUCAUGGUCAAAGACUGUGAUCCCACCACUGGAUUACCAGAUUCUGAUGAAGGUUUAAGAUCUUCCGAGUGCAAACCUUUCUUUAUAGAGGGCUUCCAAGUAGGCCUGGUUAGACCAGAUGUCAUGAAACAGCUACUCAAGUAUCCAGAAGUUUUUGUGAUUUCUUCUGGAUCAGUUGAGUUGAAUCCUGCUUUUCGUGACUAUGAAGAAAGGAGUACACAUGUAGACAGGGUGUUGAGAGAAUUAAGGGCUGACAAUGUAUUUUUUGCCCUGAAGGGAUGGAGAGAUGAAUGUUAUGAAGUGAAAACAGAAUUUAUUUCCAAAAGUCUUCUGAAAAUGGAUAGAUCAGCCACUUGUCUGUUUGGAAUAAGGAAUUAUGGUGUAGAUAUUAAUGGUUAUGUGAGACAUCCCAUAAAAGGGUUAUGUUUAUGGUUCCAAAAAAGAUCAGCUACAAAGGAAACUUGGCCAGGGAAAUGGGACAAUAUGGUUGGUGGUGGUCUAUCAGUAGGCCAUGGAAUCCUGGAAACAGCUCACAAAGAGGCAAUGGAAGAAGCUUCAGUGCCAUCACAUCUACUACAAAACCUAAUAAGUGCUGGAUGUGUUUCCUUUUUCUUCGAAUCAGAACGAGGUCUCUUCCCGAACACAGAAUUUGUUUUUGAUCUAGAACUUCCAGUAGAUUUUGUCCCUGAAAAUGCUGACGGCGAGGUAGAAACUUUUGAGCUUGUCCCGGCUUGUCAAUGUUUGGAAAAAUUGCUCUCUGAAGAUUUCAAAACAACUAGUACACCAGUUGCACUAGACUUUCUUAUCAGGCAUGGAGUAGUAACAGCAGAAAACGAGGAAGAAUAUUUGAAAAUAAUAGAACUAUUACAUGUUCCCCUGCAGUCUGUCUACCAAAAAUUCUCCAAAUCGAAUGCCAAUGACAUAAUUAAAGAAAAUGGAACCUCUCUGUGUUUGAGGAAUAUAUAAAUAGUAGUAGUGUUUUACAAUUCAUGAUUUUUUGUUCUAGGAAAUAUGAGCCUUAUGCCUCAAUAUUUUAUUUGAAUUAUUCGGAAAAUAUACAGAGCGUUUUCAGUUUGUUGAUGAACACUUGGAAUUGAUUGUGAAAAUAGCUGUAUAUUAGGCGAAAAUUAAUAAGCUAUCUCAAGAGCUAGUAAUGAAUUUGUGACUACUAUUUGUCAAUUUUUUUUUACUCCAUAGUAUUUUAUACAAACUAAGUAGAUGGAAAUAACCUGCUAUUCAUCUGAAUCUAGUCACCCGAGAAAAUUUCUGCACAAACAUUUCGAAUUUCAUCCACUUUUUUACCUUAAUUUUUUUUUGUCAUUUUUCUUCUUCGGAGCAAAUUCCUCAAAUUUUGGUUCAGUCAAAUGAUUCUUGAGCCAAAUUGAAUUAUUAUUUUAUUUUCAUGAUCAUUGACGUUUUUUAAGGAAAUACAUAUUUUUAUGCACGGGCGUAACUUGUUUUUAUGGAUCUAGCCGUUAAUAACCCUCAUUAUCGCUCAGGCAUAAAAGCCUACUUUACGCCCUUGAUACAU